ACCGGCGGUUAUAUCCGCUACACCCGCUUGCAGAGGAUACACCUCCCUGUGUGGCGAGCCCUCACAACUGGUAGUUGGGGGAUCGGUCAGCCCGUAAGAUUACGGGUAUAAAUUGCACAUGCCCGUACAGUAUUAUGCUCAUCUCCUUCUUUCCAUCUCUCUGCACAAAGACCACAACAAAAAACCGACAGAGUCCGAUGACGACGACGACGACGACGAUGAUCAAAGGUCUUGUUCACUUCGUGUUCGCAGUCUACUUGGUUUCUCUACCGUCGGGUAUCCAACUGCCUGUGGAUGGGCGGGUUCUCUUGCUGAAAAAACCCGACCCGGAAAAUGCUGCCGCCACUGCUCGUUGGUUGGUCGCUCAGAAUUCCUGGGGCGUCUUGAAUACUAUCUCAAGUGAAUUGGGAGGAGCACCCUUCGGGAAUGUGGUUUCAUUUAGCGAUGGAGAACCUGGAAACGGCCGUGGUAUCCCUUACUUCUACUUGACAACUCUUGAUCCGACUGCAAGAAACGCACUGAAUGAUCCAAGAGCUUCGUUGACAAUUAGUGAGCAUCCUAUUGGAACCUGCGGCAAGAGAGACCCAGAGAAUCCCACUUGUGCAAAGCUUACACUUAACGGGAAGCUGAAGCUUGCGGAUCCCAAAGAAACAGAAUUUGCUAUAAGUGCCUUGUUCACAAAGCAUCCGGAGAUGAAGGACUGGCCCAAGGGUCACAACUUCCAGUUCUUCAAAUUGGACAUCGAGAAUAUCUUUCUGAUCGAUUGGUUUGGCGGUCCAAAACCUCUCACAGUCGAUCAGUACCUUCAUCUCAAAACGACAGAGAACGCCUUGAUUCGAGGAUUACUCGUGAUCUAACUGUAAUUCCUCUUGUAUGUUUAUGAGCUGGAUGGAUCUGCAUUCAAAUUGUGCAUAAUAACUCUGUUGUAAAUCACAGGAGACAAUUGUAAUUAUAUAUAAUCAUCCAUGUAAGUUCUGUAAAUCGUUCACGCAAUUGCGCAUAAUUUGUCUGUACAAGGAACUGUAUUUUUCUUUCUGCUUUCUGUGGUUUAAGCUUAAAAUGCAACUCGCUCUUUGUAAUGAUGAUUUGUGGUUGAUUUAAAACGAGUAGUCCGGAUUUCUCGAA